GCAAUUAUUAUAUUGUUUCAAAGCUUUUUUUCCAACACUUUUUUAAUGAUGUCCUUGCUUUAAAGGUUCUGCAAACCUCAAUGUCAUACUUUACAGUAUUUGCGUCCUUUCAAUAGCUUAUACUUCCUGUAUCCAGCAAUUGAGCAACGACAACAAAAGCGAUCGAAAACAAUAUGCGUGUGUGUCAUUGCAACACGUUUACUAUAAUAUAUAAAAAUAUACUUUUGUUAAUCAUAUAUGUAACGUUUAUAAAUUACAUAACUAGUAUAUAUCAAGUUGUAGUAAAGGUAAGAGUAUCAUUGUUAAACAUAGAUCUUACUUGCUUCGAACAUCAAGAGGUUGCUUCCGGAAUUGCCCCGUGAGAAAAAAGACACUCUAUAUCGAUCGAUAAGUUUCAUUCGGAGAGAAUUUGCUAAAUGAUACGUCUGUCAAUGAGACUUUGUGCAUCUCUCUCUUUCUCUCUCUCUCUUUCUACUCACGUUACAUUUAAUGUCAAAGGAAUAAAUUCUACUAUCGUAUGCGUACGUGGACUACGCGUCAUGUUUCGAGAAAAUGUCGUAGCGCGAUAAGUGUGGAAAAACGCAGUUGUGGCACUAGAAUACAGCAUUUGCAUUAUAUAUGACCUGCCAGGAGAAGAUCUUAAACUCUCUUAUAAUCUCUCUUAAUUUCAUAAAAGAAUAGUCUUGAACUUUAGGUGAAAUAAAAAUCUGAAAUGUGUGAGUUACCUAGACAAAGUCAGAGACGAAAGAUUACCUGUGACUAAAACUAUGAAUACCAACUGGAAUCAUUAUUACAGUCUCGUUAAGAAACUAUCAUUGUUGUGUGGACAGUGGCCUUAUCAGAAACCAGUAACGAGAUUAUUUUGUUUGAUCUUGAUGACUUUGAGUACAUUAUCUAUGAUUAUUCCACAGAUAGCUAAAUUUGUUACAUGCGACGGAAAUUUGCAAUGUAUCUUACAAACCAUGUCGGCCUAUUUGUUGACAACCAUUACGUUGGUGAAGCUGUAUACAUGUUACUUUAACAGAUGUAAAAUGAAAGUUCUCAUUGAUCAGUUAUUCGUCGACUGGGACGAAUUGGAAACACCAGAAGAAUAUGAAAUUCUAAAAAAGUAUGCCAGCAACGGCAGGAGAUAUUCUUUGGGAUAUUCGUUGUAUUACUAUUUCGGCGUGUAUGUAUUCGUAUCCAUGUCCCUCGUACCACAAGUGUUGGAUGUUGUUUCACCUCUCAACCAAUCUCGUCCUAUACUGCCAGUUUAUCCAGGGUAUUACUUUAUUGACGAGAGAAAAUAUUUCUUUUAUAUUUACACGCAUGCCAUGAUGGCCUGGGAAAUUGCUGUGACUGUGAUAGUCUCCCACGAUUGCAUGCUCUUGAUUUACAUUGAACAUGUCUGCAGUAUUUUCACACUUGUCGGAUUUCGGUUCGAGCAAUUAAUAUAUAAUGAUGCUAUGAAAAUUUUACAUUCUCAUACAAGUGACGCGUACCUGCGCAAACACAUUGCCUUCUCUGUGUAUACGCACCGAAAAGCUUUAAAAUUCGCCCAAUUGAUCGGAGAUACGUUUUCGUUAACCCUGACUAUACAACUAGCGCUAAAUACAGUAAUGAUCAGUAUUACAUUGUUACAAGUCACGCAGCAGCAGGCCGACAUUUUACAACUCAUAAGGUAUGUGAUGUAUGUCGUUGGCCAAUUGGUCCAUCUAUUUUGCCUCAGUUUUGAAGGACAAAAAUUAAUAGAUCACAGUCUUCAAACCCGUGAUAAAAUCUAUAAUAGUCUUUGGUACGAAACACCGCCCAAGUCACAAAAAAUGCUUCUGUUUGUGAUGCAAAAGAGUCUUCAACCUAUUUUCUUAAGCGCUAGCAAGAUUUACAUUUUCUCAAUGGAAAACUUUACGAUGAUCAUGCAAACUUCAAUGUCAUACUUCACCGUCCUCUCGUCUUUGGAAUAAUUAAGCAACGAUCAGUGUCCAAAUAUCAGACUUCUGGCAUCCAGACUCUAUAUCGGCAAGGAUCAUAAUUUUUAAGUAACAUCAAGGCAAGUUUAUUACCUAUUUGCAUGUAAGUAACAUAUUGAAACAAUUGUAGCAAAUUUUUUGCUUGCCUCCUCUGUGUAUUUGUAUUUGUAGUAUUUGAAAUCGAAGCAAAAGUUGCAACGUAAAAAAAUAUUCGUAACUCCAAAAUGUUUUGUGUUAUGUAAAAAUAAGAAUAUACAGGGUGAUUCAGAACGACCCAUGUGUCCCU